AAGAAGUUAGUUCAGAGACGGUAAUGGAGGGUGCAGGACCUUCGGAAGACUACCAGUUUAAAGUUGUUUUGCUUGGUGAAGGUGCGGUUGGUAAAUCUUCUAUGCUUAUGCGAUAUGUGGAGAACAAGUUCAGUCCGAGACACAUAUCCACUAUUCAGGCAAGUUUUCAAUCAAAGCAGGUUGAAAUCGAUGGUGCGCAUAUAACACUGAAUAUAUGGGAUACGGCUGGGCAAGAAAAAUAUCACGCACUUGGCCCUAUCUAUUAUCGAGGCAGUCAAGGAGCUCUCCUUAUCUAUGAUAUGACUGAUCAGCGAUCUUUCGAAAGAGCAAAGAUAUGGUUGAAAGAAUUACAACGAGCAUUGGGAGAUUCGGUAGUAAUAAUGAUUAUUGGCAACAAACUCGAUCUGGCAAGGAACAGAACUGUACCACUUGAAGAAGCUCAGGAGUAUGCUUCUUCCAUGGGUGCUAUGUACGAGGAAACUUCCGCGAAAGAGGAUAUCGGAAUAGAGCAUGCUUUUGAGAAACUGUGUAAAGCAAUGAUCGCAGUAGCAAAAGACACAACGAGAAAUCGUGCCGAUGGUCAUCCACGAGGGCGAAGAAUUGAACUGGUCGAUGACGAGCCGAGCCAUGGCAGAGGGCGGUGUUGCAAGUAACUUCCCACAAAUUUGUAAUUGGCUGGUGGUGCGAUUGGGCAUCACAAUUUGACUAUCUUUAGAACGGGUAAUUCACAUUUCCCUAACGCGUUCUGUUAUACUUAAUUUGAAGUGUUCACAUCCAUCAGCGAGAGUCUGUAUGCUACAAAUUUUUACGCAGCAGAAGUUUGAGUAUAUAUAUCACAAUUCUGGAGCGAUUGUAUCGUAGCAGAAGAGUUCAAGUUUUCCUCUCCGGUGCUUGAUUGUUGUAGGUGUACUAGACCAGGUGAUGACAGACAAUGCUUCUAAUCCUCGCAUGUGUUUUCGGCCACGAUGUAAAUUUUUAUGUGCGAAAUUCACAUUUCUAUGUCACUUUGUUUUUGUUUUCCUAGUCGUUUUAUCUUGUGAUGUGCUUUAUAAGUAAGAUAUAUAUUCUUGAACAUAACAUAAUCUGUGACAUCUUGUCACCAUAUCUGUAGAUCUACUGUCAUAUUAAUGAUGUAGAAAGCCUCAGAAUAAUAAAUACAUUUC